UUGUGCGUAGACGUGUCACAAUGACUUAAAAAUUGGGCCAGAUUUGUCGUAUUUUUGUAUUAAUUGGUCUAAGGGAAGGGGUUGAGAUGGGGUCAGGGAAGGUCUUUCAGCGUCAACUCUUGUGGAUGGUCCCUUUGUGUUCCUACAUCGUCCUCACAGCCGGCAAAACCAAUGUCGAUAAGCCAAGCCUUCGGAAAGAAGUUCUUGAAAUGUUCAAUCAUGCAUUUAGUUCAUACAUGACAUAUGCAUAUCCUGCUGAUGAACUGAUGCCUCUCAGCUGUAAGGGGAGAGUAAGAGGGGUGGAGCCAAGUAGGGGGGAUGUUGACGACGCCCUGGGAGGGUUUUCCCUGACCCUCAUCGAUUCCUUAGACACUCUUGCCCUCCUCGGAUUCAGCGAGAAGUUUGAAGAAGCCGUUGAGCUGGUCAUCAAAGACGUCUCGUUUGACACCGAUGUUGUGGUGUCUGUCUUCGAGACAAACAUUAGGGUUGUGGGGGGUUUGCUCGGUGGUCACGUCAUCGCUGCGGAUUUCCGCGAUAAAGGAAAAGGGAUGCAAUGGUACCGGGAUGAGCUUCUUGAUAUGGCCAGGGACUUGGGCUACAGAUUACUUCCAGCAUUUAAUACUUCCACUGGAGUGCCAUACCCGAGGGUGAAUCUAAGGUAUGGCCUCGGUAAAGGACGCAAAGAGAAGGAUACCUGUACGGCUUGUGCUGGUACCAUGCUACUGGAGUUUGCUGCCCUCAGUAGGCUGACUGGGGACCCGAUCUUUGAGGAAAAAGCCCAAAGUGUGAUGAGAACAUUGUGGUCUAAACGUCAACGCCAUAGCAACCUUGUUGGCACGGUGAUUAAUAUACACAAUGGUGACUGGGUCAGGAGAGAUAGCGGAGUCGGUGCAGGCAUCGACUCUUACUAUGAGUAUCUUUUAAAAGGUUACAUUCUGCUCGGUGAUGAUAGCUACCUCAAUAAAUUUACUGCGCAUUAUGAUGCUGUAAUGCAGUACAUCAGUGAUGGACCAAUGCUGCUGGAUGUCCACAUGCACAAACCCACCACAAGAACCAAGUCAUUCAUGGAUGCGCUACUGGCCUUCUGGCCUGGUCUACAGGUAUUAUUAGGUGACAUCAAACCAGCCAUUGAGACUCAUGAGAUGCUAUAUCAGGUCACACAGAGACACAACUUUCUACCGGAGGCUUUCACUACAGACUUUGAUGUAUACUGGGCCCAACAUCCACUUCGUCCUGAGUUUGCUGAGAGCACUUACUUCCUGUACAAAGCUACAGGGGAUCCUCAUUACCUUGAGGUUGGGAGAGAGAUUGUUGACAGUCUGCAGCUGCAUGCUAGAGUCGGCUGUGGAUUCGCCGGCCUUAAAGACGUCCGCACCAGCACACAUGAAGACAGAAUGGAUUCCUUCUUCCUUGCGGAGACCUUCAAGUACCUGUAUCUCCUCUUCUCUGAGCCAGAGGACCUCCCGAUACCCAUUGAUGAUUACAUCUUCACCACCGAGGCGCAUCUGCUUCCCUUGACUCUGUCAAGAGUCAAGAAUGUUGGCAACGAUUCCAUGAAUGGGACACACCAAGAGGAGGAUGAGGACCCACCCCUAGUAGUGACAAUAGAAGAGAGCUCUUGCCCAAACCAUAACUACAUGGUGGGCGGCAACCAGGGAUAUGCCGAGGGGAUUCGGGAGGCUCUUCAGUUCAAGAAGAGAGAGGAUUUGUGUCCAAGCAACCCUGGUAAAGGAAGACCAAGGCUCCACGCUACCAACUUCGUUCCUGGCAACGAGGCCCAUAUGAACCUGCUGAAGAAGAUGGGUAUCAAUCUGAUCACGAUGAAGGACGGGCGUGUCCAACUGAUGCACUCCGCGGCCCAGGCAACCACCCCGGAGGAUGCUGAAGAUGGGAUGUUGUUUAUGCAGGAGAUGAUCGAGCUUUCCAAGACACAGCAGGCAGAAGUUGAGUAUCAACCCAGGGUGGUUCAACUCCUCUCGCCACCAUUUCUGAUGGGGGUGACCUUGAUAGCCGGCCCAGCACAGUUUGGGCUGGACCUCACCGAUCAUUCUGGAGUUCCAGGUGCUGUGGUGGUAGUGGAUCCGUACAAUGCUUGUACAGAGCCUAAGAAUAAAGCUGACCUCAAGGGGAAGAUUGCUGUGCUUCAAAGAGGAGACUGUAUGUUCAUUGAUAAGGGCAAGAUCAUUGAGAGUGCAGGGGCCAUCGGAGGCAUCGUCAUCGACAACAACUCAGAGACUAGCAGCGAGAAGUCGGCCAUGUUUUCCAUGUCAGGUGAUGGGAGCGCUGACGUGACCAUCCCCAUGAUAUUCCUCUUCUCCAAGGAAGGGGCGUUCCUCAAGGACAUUGUCGAGGGGAAGAAGGGGGAGGUACAGGUGAUGCUGCUGGACAAAGCCAGGACUUUAGAAGACAUCCAGAAGUACCUGGAGCACCUCAAGGACUCUGGUAUUGAUCUUUCAAGUCCAUGCACCAAGACAGACCCAACGACAGAAGAGCCACCGUCCGACGACGCAACUGAAAAACUUGUCACACUGGCGACUGUCAAUGUGGAACUCCUUGUGGAUGAUCAGACUGUGGAGAUUGUUGAUGGGAAGAUGGUCGCAGGGGAUGGCCAGAGUGAGCUCGAGAGUUGUGGAGAAGAGGCGGACGAAGAUAUGUGGACAUCUAUGAAUCCACCGAGUCAACAGCAAGAUCAGCAAGAGAACCAACAACAACAGACUCAAGAACAGCAGCAGGACAGAAAGCCAGUAACAAUAAAGGGCACCAUCCAUGCACCCGAAGUUGUGACACAUUCCGAGCCCGGUAUGCGUCAAGAACACCGUAAAGAUACCAAUAAACAGCAACCAAACUCCCAGGGAAAGCUAUUUGUGGAAGACGCUGAGGCAAAGGCCUUGUUCAAGACCCUCAUCGAAGAGGGUAAGGUUACCCUGAAACCUGAGCACCGAGAUGGUGCCACAGGUUCGACAGCUCAAGAAAUCCUCUCAAACCUCGAACCACAGGAUCUACAGAACCACUUUGACGGUAUGGUGCGGGACUACAUGAGGACGGAAAACGGGAAGGAGUACCAGAAGCGACGGGCUGAAUCGGCUCUUAAACACGGGAUCGACGCCUACACAGGGCCUCCUCCGCCGAAUCAAAACACCCAAGACCUCGGAGAGGAUCUUCAAAAGCAGCUGAAGGAAAUCCAGGAGGACUUCAUGAAGUUUGAGAGUAUACGACUUGAGCUGGAUAAGUAUAAUCCAAUCCAUGCCCAGGACGGGGAUAAUCCUUAUUUCUUAGAAGAACUCCCUGAGGAUCUUCAAUCUUUAAUCAAUCAGAUUGAACCCAAGGAAGGGGAAACACUUGUGAACAAAUUCAAAGAUACUAGAACUAGUGAGUCUGUUAACUCAGGAACACAACCCAUUUCUGAGCAAGUACAAAAUGAUGAGCAAGCCGCUACUUUAGACACUGGGAAAGACACUCUUAACCAGCAUGAACCUGUUGGGAGCGGAACUCAAGAGUUACGAAGGGAGGAGGGUAGUAUACCAAGGAGUGCACCUGAUGACCAGGUGCCUCAGACAAAAGGAACAGUUGAUGAUGAGUUGGCGAAACAGGUGCAGCAGAAUAAGGAACAGAUGCGGGAGCGGCAGCGCCAGCAGGCCCAGCGAUUGCAGCAACAGGCCACACACAACAAAGCCAUUCAGGAGAAAGCGUCCAGACAGCAUCAGGAGCUGUUGGUCGAGGCCCAGCGGAAGCUGGCGCAGCGGCAGCAGUCGGCCAGUCGAACACAGCUUCCAGAUAACCAGUCCACCGAGAACAGUCAUGAGACACAGCGCCAACAACAGCCUUAAAAACAUCAACGAUGUAGUACCAGUAAUGUUUUUUGUGCGUACAAUUUUUAAUGCCAACUUCCACCAAAAGUUGUAUGAUUCUUGUGGGUUCAUGAGGGGAAUAAUUUUUGAUGGUGUUCUUUUGAAAUUUGAUCCUGAUGGUAAUCGGUCAGGGAAAAAAUUCUCUUUGCACUAAAAGUAUAACAUUAACACAGAAUAAGAAUGUUAUAAAUCCUAGAGAUUUUAUCAGAACUCUAUCAGAACAUGCCAAUAGACAUUUGAAUAUGUUGUUGCAGGCUCAAACAGCUCCCUCAGCUGAGGUCAAAGGAAGACCAAUCAUUUGCAGAGAGUUGUGCAUGGCCUGCACACAUGCGAAUGUUAGCAUUGAUUAACCUCAGCAAUGAUUGCCUGUGCAUUAAGUUUUAUUUAGAGCUCUUUGCAAUGCCUCUGCCCAGUUCUGUCUGAUUUUCGUGGAACAUUUCUCAACGAGCCAUUUGCGAGUUCAGUUUGAAUAAAGUCUCAUACAAUGGCUUGCUUAGUCUGAGGGUAUAUGUACAAUUGCAUACCGUAGUUAUUUAUAACACUGCACAAUCAAAGAUUUGUAAUUGUUCUGAUUAAAUUCGUUUAGAAAAGGUGAGCUAUUUAUUGACUAGGCUACAGAGGCCUUGAUACCAUAGCUUGUGCAGUUAAAAUAGAGAAGUGAAACCUUUACAUGCCAUUGGACUCCCUAAAUGCAGACCUUGGGACAUGUGUGAGGUCGGUACACAGGAUCGUAAUUAGCCAGAUCGACCAAUGGGGGAAAGCUGAAAUUUGCCAUUCAGCUAAAAAUGGCGGCGUGCACGCAUUGCCUCAUAGCAGAUAAAACAUGCGGAUAGUCACACACAGGUUUCCCCAAGUUCUAUGAUUUGUACAUGGGUUAAAAUUAUUGGUAAUGUAGUACACUAAUUGCUGUGUUAAAUCACCUAUAAAUGAUGGAAAGAAUAGCUGCCAGGGAGUUUUACUCUUAGAUGACCAGUGUGGUAUCUCUUGCCUGCCAGCAAAGACCCGGAAUGUACAAGGUCACACUGCGUAAGCCAAAUGUUACAUGGUACAUAUACAUCAGUGUGUAAAGUUUAAACUCACAGUCUGUGUGCAAGUUAGAAGAAAAGGGACAUUUAUACAAAAACAAAAACCAUUAAGUUUACCUGUAAAUACUCUGAGACUUGUAAUAUAUCUGGCGUUAAUUCUUCUAAAAUUACAGUGCAAUGGUUUUAUAGCCUGUAAAAUAGAAAUCAAGAGUCUGUUAUUACUGAUUGUUUGGAACAGAAUUCAGGUAAAUUAAAGAGGGGCUCCGAGGUCAAAUUAAUUUUUGUUUGUGAUGCACUCAUUUUCCAAUAGAGAAGGGGGAAAAAUAAAAGUUUCUAACCUCAUGUUAAAAUGGUGUAAACUUACUCUUUAUUUUCCUCGUUCAGAGCAAAAUUAAAAAACAUGGCGGUAUUGGACCUCAAAAACAAA